AUGCCAUUCAUCAUUCAAGGCUCAGUCAUUCUGGUUACAGCAGGCACGUCUGGGCUUGGUCUCAGUGUAGCCACCAAACUCGUCGAACUCGGUGCAAAUGUCGUGAUAAACUACGCCUCCAACAAAGACCGUGCUGACAGUGCGCUUUCUCAACUCCAAGAAUUGUCAAGGAAACAAGAUCCCUUUCCCAAGUCCAUCGCAAUUCAAGCCGACGUCACUAAGAGAUCCGAAAUUCAGCGCUUGGUAGCCGAAACCGUUGCUGCUAUGGGCAAGCUUGACGGUGUGGUGUCAAACGCCGGCUGGACCCAAUUCGCGAACUUUUCUGAUCUUGACGAUAAUGUCGAUGAAGAGGUUUGGGAUAAAUGUUAUGCGGCCAACGUCAAGUCACAUCUGUUUCUUUGUCAUGCUGCGAAGGAAUAUCUCGAUAAGGCAAAUGGGUCUUUUGUUAUGACUUCGUCUGUUGCUGGAGUCAAGCCCAGUGGAAGUUCAAUUGCUUACUCGGUCACGAAAGCUGCCCAAAUUCAUCUGGCAAAGUCUUUAGCUAUGGUUAUGGCGCCAUCAAUCCGUGUAAACGCAGUGUCUCCGGGAUUUAUGGAAACAAACUGGAUCGCAGGUUUUCCACAGUCAAAGAUUGAUGAGGCAAGAGAAAAGACUCUCCUCAAGCGAAUCACCCAGGUUGACGAUGUGGCUGAUCAGAUCAUUCUCCUUCUUAAAUCGGAGUCUGUCACAGGAGCUAACGUUAUUAUUGAUUCAGGCUUUUCUGUAUGA